CCCCCGACCUUUAGGGAAUUAGAACAUAAAACAAAAACCCUCGUCUAAAAAAAAGCCUAAAACCCAUAAAAAGCCCUGCCCUGCCUCUGCCUGCAACUCGCUGCUGCGACUCGCCCCUUCAUUUCAUUCCUCUCUUUCACACUAACCGUCGCGGCUGUUCGAAUUUUUGCGUCCAAAAAGGUUUUUGUUUUCCUUCAACCAAAAAUGGCGGGGCUUGUACCUCCAGUUACCACCACGAUUCCAGCCGAUGCAUCCAAGACGAAGAAAGCCGACGAGAAAACCGAUUACAUGAAUCUUCCUUGCCCCAUUCCUUUCGAAGAGAUCCACCGCGAAGCUCUCAUGUCUCUGAAGCCAGAAACUUUUGAAGGAUUGCGAUUUGAUUUUACCAAAGGACUAAAUCAGAAAUUCUCACUCAGUCACAGUGUAUCUAUGGGCCCAACUGAAAUUCCUUCUCAAUCUGCUGAAACCAUUAAAAUCCCUACCUCUCACUAUGAAUUUGGUGCCAAUUAUAUUGAUCCAAAUUUGAUGCUUAUUGGGAGGGUCUUGACUGAUGGUAGACUCAAUGCAAGAGUGAAAUGGGAUUUGACUGACAAUUUUACUGUGAAGGCUAAUGCUCAGCUCACAAAUGAGCCUCAUAUGUCACAUGGCAUGUUCAACUUUGAUUACAAGGGUAAAGACUACAGGUCUCAGUUUCAGAUUGGAAACGGUGCAUUAUUUGGAGCUAGUUAUUUCCAGAGUGUUUCACCACAUUUAUCCUUGGGUGGUGAAGUAUUUUGGGCUGGUCAGCACCGAAAGUCAGGCAUAGGUUAUGCUGGCCGUUAUGAAACAGAUAAAAUGGUUGCCACAGGCCAAGUUGCAAGCACUGGAAUGGUUGCUUUGAGCUAUGUUCAGAAGGUAUCUGAGAAGGUUUCUCUGGCAUCGGAUUUCAUGUAUAACUACAUGUCAAAAGAUGUAACAGCAAGUGUCGGCUACGAUUACAUCCUUAGACAGUGUCGGUUGAGGGGAAAGAUUGAUUCAAAUGGGUGCACGACUGCUUUUCUGGAAGAGCGGUUAAAUAUGGGUCUAAAUUUUAUUCUCUCUGCUGAGAUAGAUCAUAAAAAGAAAGACUACAAAUUUGGAUUUGGAUUGACCGUAGGAUGAGAUUCGAUUUUAUAUUUCCUCGUAAAAAAGCAAUCGAAGAUGUUUCUCGGUAAGAAAUGAGUUUAAAACAAUGUUGAAUUUGGAGGUGAGCAAUUUUAUCAGUUGAUAUACUUCAUGUUUUUCAGUUUAGAGUUGUAGCAUUUUGUUACAUCAAAUGCAAUAUGAGAUUUGCUUACAA